AUGCGAAUUACUCACGAACACAUACAUGUAUCAUCAUACAACAAGGUUCAAAAUAUUCCUUAUUUAAUGAAGAUCGGAGUAUGGUGCGCGAUUUCUCGUUCUCGGAUCAUUGUUCCAAUUUUAUUUGACAAGACUGUGAACACUGACCAAUACUUCUCCAUAUUUGAUGAAUUUGUGAAACAACUGGAUGACUACGAACUUCAAGAAGGUUACUUCCAACAGGACGAGGAAAGUAAGAAGGAUGAUGGUAAAGUUUUACCUCAAAACAGAUCUUAUGUGAAAUCUUCUGAAUAUGGUGUUUUUGAAGCCACUUCAGUUCCCCAAGGAAAAAUAUCUUUACGUCAAGUAAUUGAAUUCCUUAAUAAACAUCAGACUGAUCCAAAUUUAUGGAAUGCCAAGUUAAUUGCUAAAGAAUAUAAAUUAGAUUUAACUAUGACUGAGCAAAUAUUGAAGCAUUUUUCUUUAUAUAGUGUUGCAUUUCCUGACAAGAAGUAUAAACCAAGUAGAUUUUUAUCUUUAAGUAAUUAUCAAAAAUAUUUACCUAAAAAGUCUUCCUCUAAUACUGUUGAAGCAGUUAAAUCAUAAGACUUAAUUAGAUAAUACAUGUUAGCUGCAUUAAAACCUAUUUACUAAACAAUUAAGAAAUUAAUUUUAUUGCAAAUGUGAUACUAUUUAAUUUA